AUGCGUCUUUGGUUCCUUCUUGGCGCCGUUUUUGUUUUCUGUGAGUUUUUUUUGUCAUACUCUCAAAAUUUUAGUUUCUAAAAAAAUUAUAUUAUUAUAUUAGAUUGCUUACUUAUAUAAAUGAGGGCUUUUUUUCAGCUUUGAUACAAAAAAAUAAAUCAAAAAAAGUGUUAGCGGAAAAAAAUUUUUUUGCGCGGGAUAGUUGCGGUAUGUGUGUACUUUCACGCCGCCGUGAGCUGACUUGCGCGUUUUUUAAUUUUGUUUUUCAUAAAUUUUCAUAUUUUUCUUCUUUCUUCUUUCUUUUUCUUUUUUAUCUUUUCUUUUAUAUAUUGAGAAAAAUUUUAAGUUUUCAAGAAUUAUUUUACUCUAUAAGUCCAAGUUCGAAAACCGUUCUGGAAUCGUUCCGCUAGUGGUUCAAAAAUAGCGUUUGCGCAGUUUCAAGACCAAGGGAGCGUAUCCAAUUUUUUUAUUUUUUUAGGUAUACAAACGCUCCAUGGCGGUUUUUGAACAUUCUUUGUAAUUUUUGAAAAUUUCUUCUUUUUUUGCAAAGUUCGUUUAUUUUCCAGGUGUAAAAUCUCAUCCAGUUGACCUGGUUCCUUCGGAAAACAACGAAGUUCCUCUCGUCUACCGUUCCUUGUGUGGGUUCGUGGACCUUCCUGGAGAAGAGGGGGAUCGCUGGACCAGAGAAAAACCACAGGACGAAGGCUCCAGUGAGCGGAAAAUUUUGAAGCUUCGCGGAUUCGCUGUGGUCAUCCGGCAUGGCGACAGGUAAAGACUAUCGAGUUUGAAAUUUAUCCAAACAAUCGGGAAAACUAUAGUUUAGAGGAAAUUUUUUGAAGAACUUAUAAUAGUUCAGUACUCCUUUGAAUAUUUUGGAGGGGUUUUAUUUUUCUUCAGGGAAACGAUAUUUAAUUCAUUUCAGCUUGUGUCGAGUGGUCCUUCUAGGGUCUAACCCUUAGCCCCUAAAGCUCAAGUGGACCCUAUAGGGGUCUCUCAAUUUCAUUCGGAAAACGCCUUUUUAUUCAGCUUUCCUAUGGAAAUGCUUCGCUUGGAGCUCAUAACCAUUAUCGACUAGCAUUUCCCCUUAUAGGGAACACUUUUGCAAGGUUUAGUGGUCCCUAUAGGUCCCCUCCAAGAGCCCUGAUAGGGACAAGAUUCUAAUAUCAUCGUUUUUCUUUCAUAGAUGAUUCCAGGUCAAGCCUUUUCAACACCCACGAUAACGAAGGAUGCCGCAGUCAUGACCCUAAAAGUCACAAAAAUUUCACGAUCCUCAAACAAUUAUUCGAGUCGACCGACUUCCGAAAUUACAUUUCCGUCGAUGACGUCAUGAAGGACUACAUCUAUUUUCCGGAGGAGUGAGCUGAAAUUUUCGAAUUUCAACCGGGGAAUGAUUUUUAUUUUAGGUAUAAGUGUGUCCUCGGGGAGAUGACCGCCGAGGGAAUUUUGCAAAUCGCGAAUCUCGGCAAGAAGUUCUACAAUUACUACAAGGACACACCGCUUUUCACCGAUAGUUAGUUUAUUUUUCUGCAAUUUUGCAUGACUAUUCGAAUUUUUUGAUGAGUUUAAAAUUUUCUAUUGAAAGUUCGAUUGAAAUUUCUGAAAAUCGACCUUGUUCGAUAAAUCUUUAGUGCCUCAAAGCUGGAAAAAAGUCCUUUAGCAAAAAAAAAAAAAUAAUUUUUCAAGAAAUCCUGGUUUUUCUUCUAUGCAGGGGUCCGGAAAGCUCAAAUUUUGUUCCCAAAACCAGAAAUAGUUUUACGAUUUUCCAGCCUUUUCCCAAGAUUUUUGUAAAAUAUCGAAUUUUGAAUAGAAGGAUAACUUUGAAAAAAAGUAUUUUUUUAGGUUUUCAAAUGGAUGUUCAGUUGAAAAAAAUAAAAAAACUUGAUUUUUCCCAAUUAUUUCAUGUUAAAUUUGUUCUUAAAAAAACGUUUUUAUAAAUUUCAUUCAUUAAAAUCCUCAGAUUCGUCGAGAAUUUUUUCUCGGCUUGGAAAUUCCAAAAGAUUAUUCGUGGAAAAAUCCUUUGCAAAACAACACAAUCUCUCAUUGUCUUGUGCGAAAAUCCCUUCGGCGAAGAGAAACGGGGAAAUCGCCGAACUGCCGCUUUUGCAGUUUAAAGUUGGAGAAUCGCCAAAUUCAGCCAAACUUCACUAUAUGUUGACCAAACAUCCUGUUGUUUAGUUUUUCCUUUUUGAUUCGCGAUUUCGCAAGAAAAAACUUCCAUUUUGAAUCACUUUCAAGGGUAUUUAUUUUGAAGGGAAAUUCCAUUUUUUAGAUCGACUUUCAUUUUAUUUAUUUUUAGAUCAGUUUUGAAUUGAAAAAUCACGAGCUUAGGUCAUAAAACCAAAAAAAGUUCUAAAUUUGAAUUGGGGAAAUUUUUUUCAGACGAAGAAGAAAAAUUAUUUUUUUGAUAGAAGUGCAAAAAAAUGAUUUUUUUAUUUUUUUAAAAAAAGACUUGGAAAGGUGUUUUAAUUGGACUUCAAAUCAUUUAAACCAAAAAAAGUUCGAAAAAGAUCAGUUCCAAAAAAUUUUCAAGCCAUGAAAACCGAAAAGCGAGUGAAAAAUAAGUGAAAAAAGGCUUAGAAGGGUGUUUUUAUCGGGUUUCAUAUCAUAUAAACCCAAAAAAAUCCGAAAAAGAUCAGUUCCAAAAAAUGUUCAAGCCAUGACAACCGAAAAGCGAGCCCGAAAUUUGAUUUGGAAAGUAUUUCAGGCUUAAACGAAGUUUGACAAUUUAAUUCAUUCAUUUUAGUGAACUUUCCUAUUUUUUCUUUGCAAAAGGUCAAAAGGUGAAGGAAAAAUGUGUAUGCAGAGUCGCAUGCCCUUCACGUGAUGGCGUCGGCGUCGCCGUGGAAUCGGACGCUUCAGACCGCCCGAUCCUUCGUUUCCCAGUUUCUGUACCCAAUGAAAGAUUACGUACCAAGAGUUCAUGUUCAGGUAGAGUUAUUGGGAGAGAGUAUAGAUUCUCAGUUCAAAAAAUAAAAUGAAAAGGGGCUUGAAACACGGAAGAAACUGAUUGGAAAAUGUGUAUAUUUAAAGCACAUCUUAGCUAGAAAAUAAUGAGUUUAGGGUCUUUUUAUUGGGUUCAUUCGAAUUUCUUUACUCAUCAGAUGAAAUUUUAUGUUUGGAUAGAGUUUGAAACUCUUGAAAGAAAAAGAAAAAUCUGAGGAUUUUCAGCAAGUUUUGAACUGUAUUAGUUUUCACAACUGCCCAUGUUGAGGCUAAGUUAUUGAAAAAAAGUGGUUUCCUGGAUUUUUUCUGGUGAGUGAGCGUUGUAAAAAUUGGAGGCAAAUCUGAAAAAUUCAAGAAUUUGGAGAUUUUUUUUGACCUUUCCAAUUUUUUUCAAUUCGUCCUCUUUUUCGUCACAAAAGUUAGUCACGUCAGAUUUUUUUCACCAAUAUUUCAAUAGAAACCAGGAGAAAAUACCCAAAUUUAAAAGAAAUUUUCUUUCAGUCCUCGAAUCUCUCAUACCAAUGCUUCGAACAAGAAUGCUAUUGCCCGAUUUCCAACGAGAUGCGCUACAAGUUUGAGGAUGUACGUUGGGAAAUCUACGGUUUAUGAUAGGAAUCCCUGAAUUUUCAGGAACGGGGCGAAUAUUUCGAGCUACAUGCUGAACCGAGCUUGAUCGCAGAAGCUCAUGAAAUCAAGAAAACUUUCGCUCCUUUUAGGUGCGUCACAAAAGAGGGACAAAUAGAGAGAGAGAAUUUUCAGUUCUUUUUGGUAAAACUGAAAAAGCAGUGAUAGAAAUAUUCCUAGUCUUAUCACAUGUUUCCCAGAUUUUUCUAUACUUUUAAAAAAGAAUAUCCGAGUACGAAAAGUGAGAGAGAGAGAGUUCAACAGCGGUCUGAGAAGGCGGCAGAGAUCUCGAAUUUCCCAUCGUUCUCUGACAUCUCUUCAGAUUCUCGAUCUCUCAUUUUAGUUAUCCUUUAUUUAAUUUUUAUAGAUGGUGAUCUGUCAUUAUGCAUAAGAAAUAAAGAAAAAACGAGAUAUAACGUUUUUAAAAGAGAGUGCAAAGAAAAAGAGUUUUUCCGAAUUUUUCUGGCGUCUCUUCAGGGUCCAUUGUUUUUCUCGAUAAGGCUAACUGUCACUCCCAGUUUCAAUCGGAAGGACUGACAAUCGGCUAACAAAAAGCGAGACCGAACUAUUUUGAAGAGGCUCCAGAGAAAAAAGAUUUCAAGACUUCUCUGGCGUCUCUUCAGCUUUCUGUUGAUCUCUCGCCUUGGCUACCUCUGUUUUUUCAUGAUUCAUAUCAUAAAAGUGAUUAUUCAGCAAAUGUCAUCAUCCCUUGGCUUUUGUCGACAUCGCCCUGGGAAAUUUCGUUUGCCGGAUGAAGCCGUUGCCUUGUAAGGACGGCUUCUGCGUCACUUUCCCAUUUUUGUUAAAGGUUCCUUUUUUUGUCCAGAAGGAUCUCGAAAAAUUGAAAAAAAGGCUCAAAGAAUAGGUUUGAGAUGCUGAACUUGGUGUCCACCCACACCCUCGAAAUGUGGAACAAGGACGUAGGUCUCGUCCGGAGACUUCAGGCCAUCGAGACCUACGCGAUUCUCAAUUACCUCAACCAAGCCGUCGAGAAGUCUCAGAGGGACAAGGACUACAAAUUCGUCAGGGUCAGUUUCAUUCCAUUUGUGUCCCUUAAAAAAAUGUUUUUUUUUUAAAUCCCUAAUUCUUAUAUUUCCUGUUCGCCGAGGUCAAACAAGAUAUAUGAAAGAAACCUUAACAAGAAAAAAUAUUGUGAAAAAUACUGAAAAGUCAAAAAACGUGACCCCAAAUUGAUAGUACAUAGAAAUUCCACUGUGAUCCCUAUAGUGGUUAGACGGAAGAGCAGCCUAUCUAGGGACCAAAAAAGUGGUCCCUAUAAGAGUUUAAGGUCUGACCUCUGAAGCUUCAGUGGUCACUAUAGGGUCUCUUAUUAUUUUUUGUCCAGUUUAGACGUUUAAUAAAACUUGAUCGACUAAAUAAAACUUGAUCGACUCAUCCCUCAAUAAUCGACUAGCAUGUCCCCUAUAGGGACAACUUUUGCAAUCUUAUGUGGCCUCUAUAGAGGUUGGUAAAGUGGCCCCUAGAGUGCCUUCAAGGUCGCCCCUAUAAGGACUCCUCUAUGAGUUGAUAGAGUGAUCCCUGAAGAAAACCCUCCGAGGGCCUUUACGGUUGCCCCUAGAAUGACCACUCUGAAGUUCAGAGAAAAAUAUAUUCAAUUUUCCCAAUUUUUUGUACGUUUUAAUCAUACUUCAAAGCUUGAGUUUUCUUCAACAAGUUUGAUUGUACGGAUGCUGCUUUUUCCAUUAGACUUGACGAGUAAAAAAAUUUUAUUUUUGUUAAAAAAAGCUUCAAAUUCAGUGUUUCCCGUCCGCCAAAAAGUCAGACAAGAUUUCUGCGAAAAAAAUUUUUGAAAGUACUGGAAAUUUAAAAAAAGUGACGCCCUGUUAAAAAAAUAUUCAAUCUUUCAAUUUUUUUCCCUCGUUUUCUACUUUUUUUUUGAAAUAAAAAAAUUUCCUCCAUUUAUUUUGAUCGGCCAAAUGUCUUUGUACCACUUUUGUUUGUAAAAAAAUCAAAAAAAUUUUUGUUUUUUUACUCGGAAAAAUGGGGUGAAUUUUUUUAAAAAAAUGAGAUCUUUGAAUUUUGAGUUUUCAAUUGGUUUUCUGAUUUUGAAAAACCUCAUUUCAAAAAUAUUUUGAAGUGUGAUUUUUACCUAUAAGACUUCCUCAACUUAUUUGAGGGCCUUAAAAGUUAAAAAUUUCCAUAAAAUCGAUCAAAAGUGCCGGUAUGAAUAUCAGAAUCCAUUUCCAGAUCUAUUCUUCUCACGAUUCGGUAAUCGGACCCCUUCUCCGCGCCAUGGGCCUUUCCGUCGUCGACCCUUGUAGUUAUGGGGCCAGACUCGUUUUCGAGGUUAUUCCCUUCACAAAAAAGGGUCAUGAACUCGAUUUCCAGGUCUACGAGCACCCCUCCGACGGCCUUUUCGUGCGCGUUUUGUACAACGGCGAGGACAUGACGCGGAAGGUCGACUUCUGUCAGAACAAGAAGCACUGGACGCGCCACGGCCUCUGCAGCGUCGAGGCGUUCUCCGACUACGUCCACAAGGUUCUCUUCCAACAGGCCAACGUGAGAAACGUCAAGGAGGCCUGCUACAUGUGA